AUGUCGACUGUUUCCACUAGCGAGCGAUUCUCUACCAUUACGCCGAACGAUCAUGGAGGAUAUGUGUACAUUGCUACGCUCAUGGCCAUGACCUACUCUACAUUGGCUUUUAUUGCGAGAUGUUUGGUCAAGAGACGCAUGUUUGGGGUGGAUGAUUGGGCCGUGGUGGUAGCGCAGACACUAUUCUUCGGUCAGUUCGCUGCCGUAUUAGCAGCGUUGUCUGCUGGACUCGGGAAAAACUUUGACUUGCUGGAUGACGGUCAGUUCUUCAAGAUCUUCAGAUCGCUCUUUGCAGACCAAAUCCUGCUCUAUCUUUCACUCUGUGUCGCAAAGUGCUCCGUUGUGUUGCUCAUUCAACGCCUCUUCACUCGCGAUAUGAAGCACUUCUGGCUGAUCUGUAGUAUAUUCCUUGGCUUAGUGAUAGCCUGGGGGGUAGCCUCAGGGCUUCUGGUGAGCAUUGGCUGUUCUCCCAGUUCUCAUAGUUUGGGAAAUGUAGAACCAAGGUGUGCCGGAUACUUAACUAGAUACAAAAUAAUCUCGACAUUAGACGUUCUUACCGAGCUCCUUCUUGUCCUAGUCCCCGUUUAUCUGGUGUCGCAUAUCCAAAUGAGGACGAGACUCAAGUUUCGUGUCGUCCUCGCGUUCGCCUUCAGACUCCCAGUCGCAGCCUUCUCCCUCCUCCAUCUGGUCGCUCUCUCACGCGCUAUCCACGCCUCGAACUCCGGCGUCGCACUAGCUCGUGUGACAGUCUACCAACAAGCACAACUCGGCUACUCGCUUAUUUCAGCCACGAUCCCAUGUCUGAAGUCAUUCGUAAAAAGCUUCGAUACCGGUCUUGGGCUCGAAGUCGGGUAUAGCACGAACCCAUAUGGGUACGGAUCUUCCGGUGCCGGAGGCAGUGGAAGGGGUGGGGCUGGUGAGAGCUACAAGAUGUCCAAUAUGAGCAAAGGGUCCGCAGGUGGAAGCGUAAGCGCCGGUGAGAGCAAGGUAAAAGGUAGUCUGAAACGCACUUGGAAGGAAGGUGGCGUGCGUGAGAUCACUGCAAAGGGGCCCAAUGCUGCACAGGUCGGGUUGAGGCCCGAGGAGCUCAAGAAUACGACGAAUAUCUAUCAUUCGACGACACACGAGGAAGAUGAGAGCCAUAGGAGCGCUACUGGAAGCGAGGAGAUGAUUAUUCGGCGUGAGGUGCAGUGGGAUGUCAGAAGUGAUUUCGUAGGAGGCGUCAAGAGAUAGCGUGGAAGGGGCUAUUCGGCCAAGUCUUGAGGCUGGUACUUAGACUUGGAAGUAGCAUCACGUUGGAGCCUACAAAUCGUAUACUGUAGUUGGUUCUAUCGAGGUCUGAUGGAACUAUAUUUGCACUUUCUAUGUUGGCUUUCCUAGUAGCAAUAUGGCGGCAUAAAUUCCUUAGCAAACCUCUGCGCUUAGCCUCCUAACCUCUCCUUAAGCUCGAUCUCUACAAC